AUGGCAGCUACCGUAGCACCCAUGCAGCAUCCCACAAUUCCUCCUGCCGAUGUAGUUGGCAAUGCAUUUGUUCAUCAGUACUACCUUAUCUUGCGCCAAUCUCCAGAGCUUGUUCACAGAUUUUACCAGGAUGAUAGUAAGCUUGGCCGCUCUGAAGAGAAUGGGAUCAUGAGUACUACAACCACAAUGCAGGCCAUCAAUGAGAAGAUACUCUCACUUGGUUAUGAAGAUUGCAAGGUCGAAAUUCUGACAAUCGACUCCCAGGAAUCAUACAAUGGUGGGGUCCUAGUCCUUGUGACUGGAUAUCUGACUGGAAAUGAUGAUGUGCGACAGGAAUUUACUCAGAGCUUCUUCUUAGCACCUCAAGAAAAGGGCUAUUUUGUUUUGAAUGAUGUAUUCCGAUAUGUUGAUGAGGCCACGGUUCAUAACGGGAAACCAGAUCCGGUUGAUGAUGUUAAAUUCCCAGCUACUACUGAAGAGGAUUCUUCGCUUGUUAAGGAAAAUAUUAUUUUGGAGCAAGUACCCAGUUUAUCAGAGGAUGUCAAUGGGGGUGAAGUUUACGAUCCAUCCGACAGUGGGGAUGCUUCAGUGGAAGGGGAGGAAGUACCAGUGGCUGAAGUUCUUGAUGAAGUUCCUGAAGACUCACAAAUGGCAAUUGAUUCACAAGUGGUCACCGGAUCUGACACUAAGAUUGAGGAUGUGCCUAAGAAGUCAUAUGCUUCCAUUGUGAAAGUUAUGAAGGAGAAUGCUGCGCCAUUCUCAUUGCCUGCUGCUUCUCCACUGAGAUCAGCUCAAAAGAAUCAAGAGCAGUUGCCUGCAUCGGCACCUCCAUCCCAAGUAUCUGAACCACAUGCCUUGAACUCAAACGGGACUGAAAAUGGUAGUACCCAAGGCAUGGAAGCUGAGGGUCCUUCCAUCUACGUCAAAGGGUUGCCUUUUGAUGCUAACCAUGCUUUGAUUGAGAAUGAAUUCAAGAAGUUUGGGAUAAUCCGCUCUGGUGGUAUUCAAGUUAAAAACAAUAAGGGAUUUUGUUUUGGCUUUGUGGAAUUUGAGGCUGCCAGUGCUGUUCAAAGUGCAAUAGAGGCUUCACCUAUCAUGAUCAAUGGUUUUCGGGUUGUCGUUGAGGAAAAGAGGUCUACAUUUCGAGGAAACGGUAGGGGUCGGUUUUCAUCAGGCGGCGGCGGCGGUUAUAGAAAUGACGGAGUAAGAGGGCGCGGAGGCUUUGGAGGCGUUGGCAGGGCAUACGGGCGCGGCGGGAGUGGCGGCAUUGAAUAUGGGAGCAGGAAUGGCGGCCGUGGUAGUGGUGGAUUUUCAAACCGUGGGGGUGGUGAAGGAUAUCGCAGAUCUGAAAAGACGGGGAACAAUGGUGGUGGGCGUACGAGCCGUUCUGGUGGGCCGCCUAUAAAUGUGGCUAGAAGCACAGCGCCACAUGUGUCUGCGACAGCUUGA